UACCUUACGACCUUCCUGUAGGCCGCCAGAAAGGCUUAUAAGAAGGGGGCCUCCCUUUCGAGGUCCUUCAAGGAGAUUUUGAUUCCUUAAGCAUUUCCUUUAAGGCCUUAAGAAAUUAUCAAUACAUUGAGACUCCCUCUUUAAGCCGAUCUUUAAUCCCUUUGUAACAGGUCAACUUCGGUUGACGGGGUCCUUUGCCGCUUUCUUUGCCCAAGCUUGUCCAGGGCGCUUGGGGGGCCCUCCCACGCACCUAACCUGGCCCCUUUAGCUUCCGGCCCUUUCCCUUCCCGCUACCGUCCUGUCGGCCUAGCCUUCUGCAUCUUGGGCUACAUGGGGCGGUAAUGGUUGGGGUUAAGGCUAAGGCUGCAGGAGGCUAGGGCUUAUGGUUAAUAUCUAAAGGAGAAAGGGAUGGUAAUCGAAUUCGUCGGUUUUUGUGCGUGCGUUCGUCGGGGUACGGUUGGGCCUUCCCAAGGGCCCUCCCGUUACCUCCUCUUUGGCCUAACCUUCUGCAUCUUGGGCCUCCGAAGUGGUGCAAGGAGGGGUUGGGAAGGUAGGGUCGGAAUCGGAUUAUGUUACGGGGUUAGGCCGAAGGCCGUACGAGGUAAUUACGAUAAAGCAAAGGGUCGAUUGGGUUUAAAGUUUUAUUCAGCGAAGCCCGACGUGCACCAAAACCCUGCUAACACCGCCACUUACCGGACGGAGCGCAGCGAAGGGAGCCAAUUUACGUACGAAAAUCCAAAUAUUUUUGCUUAA